AUGAACUCUCUUGAACAAACAUUAUUCUUCCCCACUUUGGAAGACCCUUUGCUCUUCCAUCAGCAACAGCAACAAAAUCAGCAACAGAUUCAGCCAUUUUCUGAAGACAAUUCUGUUGCUCUCUUUAAUGAUCUUUUUAAAGAUCCCAACUCUAUUGUAGACCAAUUAUUUAGCUCUGCUUACCAACAAUCCUCUCCUGUAUCCUCUCCUGGAUCCUCUGCCUCUGAAACUCUCGAUAGUCCCCCUACUGCUCUUUUGCAAGAUGGUUUUCUCGGUGAUUUCUUGAACUCUCCUACUUCUGAUUUUACUUCUAUGGAUAUGGCCUGUCAAUUCGAUCAAUUGGUGCAAGAUGUUUCAUCUAUUGCUUCCUCUUCUCCUGCAAUGACUCCUGUUCCUCAACAAUCCUCUCUUGUCAUGAAAGCCAAGGAUGAAAUUGAAGAGCAAGGCUUAAAGCCUCGCCCAUCCAAGAAGAACCACCUUCAAGGUCAAUCUACUAUGUCUAUCAAGAUUACUACACAUAAAUCUCAACGUCCUGCACGCAAGCUGGAAUGUUUCAACUGCAAAGUAACCAAAACUCCUCUUUGGCGUAGAACACCUGAUCGUCAACACUCACUCUGUAAUGCCUGUGGCCUUUAUUAUAAGCAAUACAAUGCACACCGUCCUCUUCAUAUUAGAAACAAGACUCAUACUAUUCGUGCUCAUCCUUAUGCCUGCGAACGUGUUCUUCCCAUGACCAUUCACAAGACUGAACCUACUCCUACCACAACUAUGACUACCACUACUACAACGACAAGUAUUUUACCUGCUACAGUUACUACUGAAGCACCUUCUGAACAACAGUCCGUUGAGUCUGGUCAAGAAUGUGCUAACUGCCAUCAAACACAAACUCCUCUCUGGCGCAAGAAUGAACGUGGUGAACCUGUCUGCAAUGCCUGUGGUCUUUAUGCCAAACUUCACCAUCGUGACCGUCCUGCUGAGAUGAGAAAGACAACCAUCCAAAGACGUCGUCGUGAUUGGAAUGCUGAAGAACACGAAGAUAUUGAACCCGAACAAGACAAGCCCAUGGCAGGCUUAGAGGAUGAAGAUACCCGCUUUGUUUCUCUUUUACUUCAGAUGGACCGUACUCAAAUGCAUGGUUUUCUUGGUAUGUUGGAACGUCGCUGUGACUUUCUCAAGACAAUUCUUGGUGCUCCAGAUGCAUAA